GUGGAAGAUGGAUAGUUCGGAGCACACGACAAGAACGUCCAGCCAAGCCGAUGACAUCCUCAACCAGCCAAGCAAAACUCGCAUUAUUACUAAGGUAAUACUCCUCACUAAACUAGUCUAAUACUCCUCACUAAACUAGUCCAGAAACGAGCAAGAGCAAGAGCACAAAACGGAGAGAUUUGAGGCACUUCGUGCCAGAAUCUUACAUGAUUAAGGGUCCUUCAAUACCGAAGCCCCAUGCUUGGAUUCUUCCCUCCUCACCCGCCUGGCCCAACUCAUUGAUGCAGCUUAGGAUCUAGCUCCUCUCCUUGUGCCACUCCCCAGCGCUCUCGCUGGCCUCGCCCACCCUUGCCACACGCGUCAGCCGCACAGCCGAUCCCUAUAUAAGACCGGCCGGGAGCCUCUCAUUGCAGCCUCAUCGAUCACCAGCGCAGUGCCACCAUUAUCUCCGGCGACCACCUCUAGUACGUACGUACGUACCAGCUACUACCUGAUCGAUCAUCGUCGCCGAGCUCGUGGCCGAGGAUGGCGUCGCCGGACGGGCCGUUCAACAUGUCGGCGGCGUACACGCCGGGGCUGGGGGUGCCACCGUGGCUGAACAAGGGCGACAACGCGUGGCAGAUGGUGGCGGCGACGCUGGUGGGGCUGCAGAGCGUGCCGGGGCUGGUGAUCCUGUACGGCAGCAUAGUCAAGAAGAAGUGGGCGGUGAACUCGGCGUUCAUGGCGCUCUACGCGUUCGCCGCCGUGUGGCUGUGCUGGGUCACUUGGGCCUACAAGAUGUCCUUCGGCGAGAAGCUGGUCCCGUUCUGGGGAAAGGCCGGUCACACGCUCGGGCAGGGCUUCCUCCUCGGGCAGGCCGGGCUUCCGGCGACCACGCACUACUACCACAACGGCGUCUCCGUCGAGACCGCAGAGAUCACGCCCUUCUACCCCAUGGCGUCCAUGGUCUACUUCCAGUGCGUCUUCGCCGCCAUCACGCUCAUCCUGCUCGCCGGCUCCCUGCUCGGCCGCAUGAAUUUCAAGGCGUGGAUGGUCUUCGUCCCGCUCUGGCUCACCUUCUCUUACACCAUCGGCGCCUUCUCCAUCUGGGGCGGCGGCUUCCUCUUCCACUGGGGCGUCAUCGACUACUCCGGCGGCUACGUCAUCCACCUCUCCUCGGGCGUUGCCGGCUUCACGGCCGCGUACUGGGUCGGGCCCAGGUCCACCAAGGACAGGGAGAGGUUCCCGCCCAACAAUGUCCUGCUCAUGCUCACCGGCGCCGGGAUUCUAUGGAUGGGAUGGGCCGGGUUCAACGGCGGCGACCCCCACACCGCAAACAUCGACUCCUCCAUCGCCGUGCUCAACACCAACAUCUGCGCCGCCACCAGCCUCCUCGUCUGGACCUGCCUCGACGUCAACUUCUUCAAGAAGCCCUCCGUCAUCGGCGCCGUCCAGGGCAUGAUCACCGGCCUCGUCUGCAUCACUCCCGGCGCAGGUCUGGUCCAGGGUUGGGCGGCGAUCGUGAUGGGCAUACUCUCCGGCAGCAUCCCGUGGUUCACGAUGAUGGUGGUGCACAAGCGCUCCCGGCUGCUGCAGCAGGUGGACGACACCCUGGGCGUGUUCCACACCCACGCCGUGGCGGGAUUCCUCGGCGGCGCCACCACGGGGCUCUUCGCGGAGCCGUCGCUGUGCACCCUCUUCCUUCCGGUCACCAACUCCAGCGGCGCCUUCUACGGCAGCGGCAUCCAGUUCGCGAAGCAGGUCGGCGGCGCUCUAUUCAUCAUCUGCUGGAACGUGGUGGUCACCAGCCUGGUGUGCCUCGUGGUGCGCCUCGUGGUGCCGCUUCGCAUGCCCGACGACGAGCUGGCCAUCGGCGACGACGCGGUGCACGGCGAGGAGGCGUACGCGCUGUGGGGUGACGGCGAGAAGUACGACUCCACCAAGCAUGGCUGGUACUCCGACAACGACACGCAGCACGACAGGGCGCCCAGCGGCGUCACGCAGAACGUCUGAUCAUUGGAUUUGGAGGGAAAUUGAAUAAGUGAGGUUUUGGUUUUUAAAAUGUUUGAUCACGUUGUGGUUGGAUUGGUUGAUUCUCCGUCCUGCCUGCAUGCUUCGGUUGAUGGAGCGGU